UCUGGUCAGCUUCCGGUUGAUGACGUUCCUCUGGACUUUUCCGGUUGUUUAUAGCUGCCGUUUAAUCAAAGUCACCGACGCUCGCUGAGUCGGUACCGGUUCUUCUUCUUCAGGUUGUGUUCAGUGCCAUCAUGGUGUUAGCCGACCUCGGGAGGAAGAUCACCUCGGCGCUGAGGUCGCUCAGCAACGCCACCAUCAUCAAUGAGGAGGUGUUGAAUGCCAUGCUGAAGGAGGUGUGUGCGGCCCUUCUGGAGGCUGACGUCAACAUCAAACUGGUCAAGCAGCUGAGAGAGAAUGUCAAGUCUGCCAUAGAUCUGGAGGAGAUGGCGUCAGGCCUGAACAAGAGGAGGAUGAUUCAACAUGCCGUGUUCAAGGAGCUCGUCAAGCUGGUGGACCCAGGUGUAAAGGCCUGGACUCCGACAAAAGGAAAGAACAACGUCAUCAUGUUUGUCGGUCUGCAGGGUAGUGGGAAAACUACAACCUGCUCCAAGCUGGCCUAUUAUUACCAAAGGAAGGGCUGGAAGACCUGCCUGAUCUGUGCCGACACCUUCAGAGCUGGUGCCUUCGAUCAGCUGAAACAGAACGCCACCAAAGCCAGGAUCCCGUUCUACGGCAGUUACACAGAGAUGGACCCGGUGGUGAUCGCUGCCGAGGGAGUCGAGAAGUUCAAAGGAGAGAACUUUGAGAUUAUCAUCGUCGACACGAGUGGACGACACAAACAGGAGGAUACACUGUUUGAGGAGAUGCUGCAAGUCUCCAACGCUGUGCAACCUGACAACAUCGUGUACGUGAUGGAUGCCUCCAUCGGCCAGGCCUGUGAGUCUCAGGCGAAGGCCUUCAAAGACAAAGUGGACAUCGCCUCGGUGAUCGUCACCAAACUGGACGGGCACGCCAAAGGAGGCGGAGCUCUGAGCGCCGUGGCCGCCACCAGGAGUCCCAUCAUCUUCAUCGGGACCGGAGAACACAUUGACGACUUCGAGCCCUUCAAGACUCAGCCCUUCAUCAGCAAGCUUCUCGGGAUGGGAGACAUCGAGGGUUUGAUUGACCGGGUGAACGAACUGAAACUGGACGACAACGAGGAGCUGAUCGACAAACUGAAACACGGUCAGUUCACCCUCAGGGACAUGUACGAGCAGUUCCAGAACAUCAUGAAGAUGGGCCCCUUCGGACAGAUCAUGGGGAUGAUUCCUGGCUUCGGGACCGACUUCAUGAGUAAAGGAAACGAGCAGGAGUCCAUGGCCCGCCUGAAGAAACUGAUGACCAUCAUGGACAGCAUGAACGACCAGGAGCUGGACAGUAAGGACGGAGCCAAGCUGUUCAGCAAGCUGCCCAACCGGAUCCAGCGGGUCGCUCGGGGGUCGGGUGUGGCCACCAGGGACGUCCAGGAGCUGCUGACCCAGUACACCAAGUUCGCCCAGAUGGUGAAGAAGAUGGGGGGCAUCAAAGGCCUCUUCAAAGGGGGAGACAUGUCCAAGAACGUCAACCCGUCUCAGAUGGCUAAGCUGAACCAGCAAAUGGCGAAGAUGAUGGACCCCAGAGUCCUGCACCACAUGGGCGGGAUGGCCGGCCUUCAGUCCAUGAUGCGUCAGUUUCAGCAAGGAGCCGCGGGCAACAUGAAGGGCAUGAUGGGCUUCAACAACAUGUGACCACUGGCCAAUCGGCUGCCUUCAUACUGAAAACGGCAACUUGUAGCUCCACCUCCUGACAG